AUGGCAGAAGGAACACGGUUCCGGAAGCUUGAAGAAACACAAGAGACUCAAACAAACCAUAUCAAUCAACUUCGUGACUCUACCACCAAAACCUCUACCCAAAUUUCUGAACUCACAGAACAAACCAACCAAACUGUCCUUCGUCUAAAUGAAGUUCAAACUACUCUCACCACCUUGCUGGGGCGCCUCGAUCAACUGACACUUAGCAACAAUACCAAUUCUUCCAACACACCACCUUAUUUCCCUCCGGUCCUUCAACCUCGUGCCUUUAAGCUAGAGUUUCCUCGGUUCAAUGGCAGUGAUCCAUCAGGAUGGCUCUUCAAAGCAACACAAUUUUUUGACUUCCACAACACUCCCCAACACCAAAAGCUCCAAAUAACUUCCUUCCACAUGGAUGGACCAGCUCUAGCAUGGUUUCAAUGGAUGCACUCUAAUUAUCCAUUUCAUGACUGGAACGAGUUCACGCAAGCAUUAGAAGCUCGCUUUGGUGACUCACCAUAUACUGAUCAUAUGGGAUCCUUAGCCAAACUUCAACAGACCACCUCUGUGGCUGACUACAUUGCCACGUAUGAAGCAUUAGCCAACCGUACCACCAACCUCCCUGCAGAAUUCCUCCUUCGCAACUUCAUUUCCGGUCUCAAACCAGCCAUACGACAAGAAGUCCAGGCCUUACAACCAACCACUAUUUUUUCCGCCCAAGGAUUAGCCAAACUACAGGAGGAGAAACUUGCCGAUCUACACUCUAAACCCACUGCCAUCACUGCUCUAGCCUUGCCUGCACCAAAAUCAACGACUUUGUCACGCCCUUCCAUUUCUUCAACACCUUCCCUUCCACCCGGUGUCCGUCGCCUCACACCUGAGGAAAUGAAAACCCGCCGUGAACAAGGAUUGUGCUUUAAUUGUGACGAACGAUUCUCCCGUGGCCACAAGUGCAAACAGCCCUCCAAUCUCCUUCUCAUAGAGGAUAUCACUGACAUUCCACCCGAAACUGAAAUCGACCCAAUCACCCCCCUUUCAACCGAAACACUUGACAUCUCUCUCCAUGCCUUUGCUGGCCAAGACUCUCCCCGUACACUUCGUCUGCAAGGGUACAUUAAGGGUGUCACAAUACAAGUUUUAGUGGAUGGCGUGGGUAAUGGAGAUACGUUGCAGUGCUUUGGUUUGUGUCUUGCUGUUCCUGUUCAACUUGCUGGACACAUUUUUCACAUUGAUUUAUUUGUUCUUCCCCUCCAUGGUGCUGAUAUUGUUCUUGGAGCUCAAUGGUUGCGUCAAUUAAGCCCAGUUACCUUUGACUACCGUCUCCUUACCUUGUCAUUUCAUUUCAACUCUGAACCUGUCACACUUCAUGGAUACACUCCUCCUAUGUCCACCCCUAUUACAUCAUCCACAGUAAGACGUCACUUGGCUACUUCUUCCAUCGCAACACUCUACCAUCUUCACCUUAAUACAGAUUCUACAUCCACUUCUCCCACUAUUCCACACGACAUUGCUCCUAUCAUCCAACUCUUUCACCAUCUCCUUGAGCCACCUAGUGGUCUUCCUCCCCCCAGAAACCAAGAUCAUCGCACCCUCUUACUUCCAGGAGCCAAACCCGUCAAUGUCAAACCCUACCGUUACCCGUACUUUCAGAAACAAGAAAUUGAGCGUCAAGUUCAUUCAAUGUUGCAAGAUGGACUCAUUCAGCCUAGCCUAAGCCCAUUUAGUUCACCUGUCCUCCUUGUCCGUAAAAAAGACGGUACCUGGCGCUUUUGCGUUGACUUUCGUGCCCUCAAUGCCAUCACUACCUGUGACCGUUUCCCUAUCCCCACCAUUGACGAGCUCUUUGAUGAACUUAGGGGCUCCAAAUAUUAUCAAUCAACAGUCCGAACGAUCACAACUGAAUGUGAUUUACAAAAAACGGAAACAAUUUAA